CUUCCAAUACCCAUGGAAUGAAAACCCGCAAAGCGGCGGAGGAACCCUGAAAGGGCCAAGGCCGAUGGAUCCCUGUCCGCUCAAAUACCUUUUCAUCUUCCGUGCUAUGACCAAGUUAGCACUCCUGCCUCAUUUGGAAUCCAUACGAAGGGUGCCGAUUCUCACGCAUGGCUGAUGAUUAAGGUAGAACGUUGAUCCUUGACCGCAUUGCUGGUUGUCUUCUGCAAAUUGUCACACCUUUGAAUCUCCUCCAUCCACGAUGGCCUCGUUUUCGAACACCGGGCUCAGAGUGAGCCUUUUUUCCCGAGUUCUUUUCCCGAUUUUCUGCAGCCGUUCUGGCUAGGCUGAGAAGGAGGGAAGGGCCCGCCCGCCAACCUAUCACCCAGAGCCUCAACAAGUGCUUGCGUGGCCUGAAUUUACUCGAAAGGUAGAGUGAUCCAAAGCUAGCAGCUCCUCUGGCUCUCAUCUCUCUUUUUGCCACCAUUGAUCCAGCUACGGCGAAACAAGCUCUGGCAGGGUAGUACUCGCCGGUCCAAGGCCUUUGGCAAAACUGGCACUGUCGAUACUGAAUUUUAUGCAGAUGAUUCUGGUCGAGCCACAGCAAAAAUCGCCAGUCUUCUCGAAUGCCAAGCAGGAGUUACCCUAAGAGCUUAUUUCAACGCAAUAUUAGACAUACUCACCUGCGAGUGGGAUGGCAAAGUGACUAAUUCCCAUGGAGUGGAGACAGAGUCUCGAAUGCGAAAAUGCUUCCAUGCAGGCCACAAACAACCCUGGCUCUGCCCUUUUGCGUUGGCCAGGAACACCUCGAUGAAAGGGUAUAUAGUCCUGCCGAUGAAUCGGUAUCAAGCACGCCCGGUCUAACCAGGGGGCUACGAUCCUUCAACCAAAGAAAACGCAAAAUUUAACCCAGAUACACCUGCAGGGUCAGCCGAUCGUUACCAUAACGUUGUACCGCGGUAUCUCCACUCGGAAAACAGGAUCUUGAUUGACGUUGUUCGACACGUCUGCUUUUAGGGGGGCCGUUGCGAAGGGAGCCAGCACCCGGUGCCAGUGAACCGGCUCGAGAGAUCUAAAAUACCUUGUGCUGAGGACGCUACCUCCUCUCUCGAAGAUGCAACAACACCAAAAUCCCAGACAGCUAGUAGCGGCUUCAAUGAAUCAGUCCCGUCGCUCUGACAACCAACUUUCUCAACACUAUAUACUUUCACCACGCCAAGUGAUGGAAGGAUUCUCUCAUCUCUCGGUUGGAGAUGGGAAUCCGCACCCCACGCUAAUCGACCGGCAUGCAUCUCAAUCGUCGAUUUCGAGUAUGCCUUCGAUGAAUUCUGAGUACCUCUCAGACACCAACUGGCAACCGUCCGGCAGCCUACACAUGCCCUCCCUUCAGGACGCGGCCUGGUGGUUAGAACCUUUUGGAGAUGUCCACGAUCCUCCACCCGACGCAGACCUGUCCGUUGUGUCCGGAGAGUUGUCGCACCUAGCAUCUCCGCUGGACGCUCUGGAUGGCAGCGGGCCUCACAAGGGACAAGUCGACACGAGGCUCGACCGCAAGAAAGAACGGAGGAGAGAACAGAACCGACAAGCACAACGACGCCAUCGCGAACGAAGGCAAUUGAAUUUCUGCCUCACACAGGGCAAGGUCAUCGAACUGCAGGCGGCCCUCGCCUCAGCCCUCGAACAGCAGAAACUCGUCAAGCAGGAAAACAGUCACCUGCGAGGCCGACUGGCGUCUCUUGAAGCAGAAGUCGACUGCCUACGGAGCAGUAUGUCGCCGGCGACGUUCGAGGACAAAGGUCAGGAGACGCCGUCGGAGUUCGAACUGGGCACAUGACAAACCAGAAACCGGCUCAACUUUUGUAUAUUGUGUUUCUUACCUGGUAUUGCUAUGUUAUGAUGAUAAUGACUCAAAGGGGAGGGAAAUCGGGGGUUCUAUGGGACUACCGGGAUGACACGCCAGUAAACAGGCCGGUCACCUCAGAAAAGUAUCGGGGUUGGAGGGUUUCGUUUUUCGUUUUUGGUCAAUCUUAGAAUCCAAGAGGAGAACACGCAUCGUCGUGCCAGACACGAGGGUUUCGGGGGAGGAGGAUUCCAGUAUGACCACUACCCGCGGAGGGUGGAUUGUAUUACAAGCACAAGUACCGGGCCACGCACAUAACAACAAGCCACAAGGGGGCCUUUUCAACCGGGCCACCGGGAAAUCACGCAUCAUGCCACGCUCGAGGAG